CCACCCCCUUUGCUUCCCAAACUGCCUUCAGAUGUGCUAAUUGAUGUGCCUGAAUCCCAAUUCCUUAAGUCCCUACAGGCCUUACAGAUUGCACAAAACAUUUUCCCUUUGCUGAGGCACAUCUACGAACUGCCACCAGCCCAACUGCAUGGAUUCAAGCCAGGAGACCUUGUUUGGAACCUGCCCUAGCUAACUCCCCCUAUGGACUCCAAAAACCUCACUUGGAUAGUUAGUAGCACAUCCACCGGGAAGACAGUGAACAUCUCCUCUCACCUGGGACCUCUAGGCACCUGGUUCCCCAAGAUUACAUUUGACCUCUCCCACAGAGAGGCAAAUUAAAACAUUUGUGCCUCUCCCACAGCCUGAUUCUCCACAUGGAUCUCUAGGACUACUCCAGGUCCAGCCUUCUUUCACUCUGCACCAUGCCCUCCCCCCUCCAGGCCCCGCCUUCUCUUUGCUAGCCCCACCUUCGUUCUUCCAGGCCCCAACUCACUCCUCCAGCCCCACCCAGCAGGCCACAGCACCAAUGGAGACUGGCCUCCAACAGCCCACAUUCUGAGUUUAGGCAGGCAGUCAGCAACUCCAGAGCUGGGGCAGAGCGGGGACUGUGAUGGAGUGUGGUUACAAAGGAAGGUAGGGGAGGAGUCUGGGACGAGCCAGGAAAGGGUGCUGAGCAUCUGUAGCAGGAUCUGGGAGGGCAAGGUCCUGACUAUGAGAGGGCAAGAAAAAUGAAGUCCCAAAGAUAAGAGUUCCACCACCUGGGAUACCAGAGGCAGGAAAGGCACCCUCUUCCCCUACAGAGAAGGAGCCCAAAUGUCUGCACCUCCUGCACAGCUGGAUGAAGCUAGCCUGCUGACACUCCAUGACAAGUACAGACCUACCCUGGCCAGGAAUAUGGCCAUGUGUGACUUCUGGGUGAAGUGGCCAGAGCUAGUUUUACAGACCCAGAAGAAGAAGGAGUCACAUCCAUCUAGACAAAGUUCCCAGGACUGGCUGGGCCAGACCAUCAGCACUUGCUCCUCAGCGAUAAGCCUGAGUGUCACUGAACUGGACAGCUGCCCCAGUGAACCUCUGGAGUCCCAUGAGGGUGCUCCUGCCAGCCCCCAGGCUUCCCCUCAAAAGUCUCCAUAUAUCACCAUUCUCAACCACUAUCUGAAGUCAAACCUGCUGACAUGGCCGGAGAGGACAGUGAAGAGGAGGCCUGUGACUGUGGUGAGUCAGCUGGAGCAGGAGAUGAAGCCAGUUAAGAGCAGGAAGGAAGUACUGCUGCGGGAUUCCAGGGAGCUGCAGAAGGAAAAGUCAUUCGAGGAUGCAGAUACCCAGCCCUUCCUGGAGUACCUGAAGCAGAAAAAGGAGCAGAGCCAGCAGAAGUAUGACUCCCUGUGGAGAGAGCACUUCAAGGGGUGCCAGGAAGUGGAGGACAGGAGGCAGGAGCUAGUCUCCACCUAUGCCUCACGAACAGCGGACCUCCAGAAGAAGCUGAGCCAGGGCAGGAAGGUCCAGCUUGGCCUGAGGAAGCAGCUGCGCACCCUGAAGCCCAUUGCAGGGAUCAGGGAGAGCCAGGAAAGGAAGCUGCGGGCCUUGGAGCAGGAGCAGGCCAGCAUCCCAGCGGACACCCGGUUCAUGGACCGUGAGGCUCACAUCCAGUUCCUGCAGGAAAGGGCUGCCCUGGAGAAGCAGGUGCAGGAGCUGAACCUGCUGGAGUCGGGAGAGAACAUCACCAGGGAGCUGAAGAAGAAGGCCAAGGCCUUGGCGGCCACAGCCAAGCAGGCUCACACCGAGUUCUGCCGGGGAGUCAACACUGAGAACCGGCAGCUGUGGGAGGGGCUGAGGCAGCUGGAUCAAGAGUACUGCAAGCUGGAGGCCAGAAGGAAGAAGCUGGAGAAGAGGAAGCAGCAGUGGAAAGAGCAGCAGUGGUACGUGGAGGCCCUGAUCCGGGGCAGGCAGCGUCUACAGGAGCAGCAGCAGGACCGCAGGCUCAGGCAAGGCUGCCCCAAACCACAGGCCGCUCCACACCCACACAGGGCUGUCCCCUAGGCACCAGGCCAAAGGCCAGCCCAAAGUAAUCGCUGCCACAGGCGAGGAAUCAGCACUGGAGCCGGAGCUCCGGGGCAGUGUACAGAGGAGGAAGAUGCUGCUGUAACAAUGAGGGGAGAAGGGUAGAACUGUCGGGGGUGGAGGACUGAGCUCCCCAGAGGAGCAGCACCGGGCAGUGGGUUCCAGUCUGGACUGGGAUUUGCACACUGGGAAUCACUGGUGUUCAGUCUCUCAAGCACGGCCCCCAUGCAGCAACCCCCACUGUAGCGCACUUGAGCUAUGUUCACUCCUGUUCCAGUGUGGACUCUGCUGUGCCCAGAGUGUGUUUGCAAUUAGGCCAGUCCCAACAGUCAUGCCCAUCGCACAGCAGUAGGAUCCUGUCUUAGGCUGCUGUGGGCUGGUAUUUGAAGAACUGCAUUUUUACAUUUAUGCCUGGCUGAAGCUGCACUGGUCAUCUGCAGAUCCGUGUGUCCUAGUGUGGAGCACGGCCCUGUGCUUGAGCUCUGCUUCUGUGUGCCAAAACACAGUUGACUCAUCCAGUUCUGGGCAUUGUUGCAAGUGAAAAAUUUCAAAAUAAUCAAAAACAGAAUUUUCAGUUUUACUUAUCUGUAAUAUGAAUUAAUUUCAAGUUGUACUGAAAAAUGA